AGCGCUGCUGACAAGUCAAGCUCCAGGCCCAGGGAUUUUUCACUUCGGGUGGCGUAAAUAGUCAUUAGUCAAUCAGAGAAUUCCUUAUUGGGAUACUCUCUCGACCUUUGGAAAUGCUUCGCAUCCUGGUUCUCGCAUGGCUCCUCUUCGUCGGCCCGGCGACGGUUGUAUCGCACCAGGAAUCGGGCGAGUGGAGCUGCGACUCGGAGUCCGAGAUCCGAGUCAUGGCCGAUUUCCGGCCCGGUAUUGUCACUCUCGACGGCCGCCCCGAUGACUGGAAGGACAUUGAUGGCUCCGAGUUCCCCCUCCGGCCCGCUCUUGAUCCCGACGCCGACCACGAGUACGCCGCCGGCAAGAUGGUUGUCAAGGCUCUGCAUGAUGGUCAUGAUAUGUUCUUUAUGCUGGAAAUUGAUGGGAAUUACGCCUACAGUAAAGGUGAAAGCAACAAGUGCCCUUCAGUUUCUCUCAUGUUUCAGAUCGGUGAUCAAGCUACUUAUCACAAUAUGGGCGGUUGUAAAGAAGGGACGGACUCUUGUACCAGCAAGACUUGCAAAGGCUAUGAGGUUGAUAUUAUGCAUUUCUCCAUAGGCAAUGCGAUUCCAGGUCGUCUUUAUGGUGGUAAUCCAAUCGAUAACAGGGAAGGGAAUGGGGGUGAUAGAUUUGGUCAUUUAGUUGACGUGUAUUCCUGGAACCCACAUUGCAGAUACCUUGAUGGUCUUGGCCCUUCAGGAAAUGAUUCUAGUGCUCAGAAUGACUGGCAUGGAGCAUGGUGGCAUAGCAGCUUCACCACUUACUCGGGCUUUGUAGAUGAUGACAGCCCUUACACGUCUGCUGGUCAGAAAGGAACUUAUUACUUUGAAUUCUCCAGGCCUUUGAGGACUAUGGACCGUCUCCAACAGGUCAGCGACUUCUCUCCGCAGAUUAACAGACUUUAGCUACCAUUCCCUUAU